AUGUCCACGGCCUCAAAUAUUAUGAAAAUAUUGGAGAUUUGCCUGCCCGACCACCAUCUCAUUCCCUCACUUCCGUUUGCGAUAAUCGAAGAAUUCGAAAAGGACGAAUCGACGAGCUUGUUUCGUCUAAUUUCGCAUCGACAAUUGAGAAACGCGCUGGACGACGUGACAAUUCGACAAAAAGUGACGGAAAUUAUCAGAAAAGGUUAGUAUCGAGCCGUUUUCGCAAUAACACCCGCAUUUUUCCACAUUUUUCCAGAACCCCUCGACGUUUUCCGCUUGAACUUUCUCAAAAUGGACGCGGAACUCGCGAUGCUCGCCGUAAAACCACACAUUUGUGGCGAGAAAAAGAACGUGUUCGGAGUGGAAAUAUUGAACACGUGUUGCCAGUUGGUCCUCGAGCGCAAAGUUAUUGUGCGAUUCAAAAGUCUGGAGGACAACGAUUUGUCUCGCGCGCUGAACACUGUCCUGCAGGUGAUCGACGGGAGACCACGGCUGUUUAGAGUCUCUGUGAGAGGUAGGUACACUUGGAACUUGUGCAAAAUGUGUCACCGAACAAAGAUUGCAGAGAGCCUUCCGAAUGGUCCGAGUAGGAAGCGGAAAUUUGAAAAGUUUCUGGAGCAACUUCACAAAUUGGAGCGACGUUCGAGUGAGGAGCACACUUCCGAGUGCUAUAAACUCAACGAAUUCCAUUUUCCGAACAAGUUGGGCACUAAUGUAUACUUUAAAAUUGACCGGUCAAGCUGUUCGCACUGCAAGUAUCUCGAUUGA